CUUUUGACGUUACAUUUAAACCAUCUAGCAGUGACUGUACAGGGGAAACGCGCAUGCGCAGUCGCAGCCGAGAAGCCGCAGACGAUCGGAGCUGUGCCCCAAAGUAAGGGAAAGAUAAGAGUGCCACACUGAGCAUGGAGGCUCCACCUAAAGAACCUGAUUGCACCCCUUUGGAACCAUCCUCCUCAUCCCCCAGCAAGGUUGUUCUUAUCAGUGGGAGUGAGGAUGUGGCCAAGAACGCUCGACCACAGACACACACCACCACAGCUUUUCUCCUGCCAGCUCCUGGCCAUCAGAAGAUAGAGGUGACACCAGCUCUCGCAGUAGGAGAACCAGGUAAAAGAGGCAGGGCUAAUGAGACGGCCGCCCCCACCCUGACAGCACAGGUAGGAGGGGCUUGUAGCAUUGUCCAUGUCCUAGAGUGGAAGGAGGGAAUGGCCAUCCUGCCCAACAGCAACCUCAAGUUUUGUGUAAGUGAAGUAGGAACGCUAAGCACACUGAUCACCCCAGGGACCACCAGCAGCAUCACCGAACCAGCAGCCAGAACGUCUGUGAGAUCCACUGAUGCAGAAAGUUCUCCAGUGGGCAUGUCAGAUGUGUCGGCCCCUGGUGUCUCCAUGAGCGCUGUGACUGUUGAGCCAGAAAGGUUGUUGAUGCCAGGCAAACCUGAAGUCCAGAUCGGACCAGGACAACACAACCAUGAUCCACGAGCUCAAAGGACAUACGCAGAGGAGCUCCGCAGGGAGCCCAUUACUGACAAGAGGAUCAUCGGGGUAGAGAAGGUGCCAGCAGGUGGGAGAAUCUCAUCUCUUAACCCUGAUCAUCUGAAACCCAUGAGGAAGAGAAAGAGGAAAGAAUACCUGAGUCCCUCUGAAGAAGACUCUGACAUGGAAGGCACGGAUGAGAAAAUGGAUGAUUCUAAAGCAGACAUCAGACAAAUCAGAGCUGGAGACAGUAAGACAGAGCAGUGGACGUGGGCUCAGUAUCUGGAGGAAAGAAAAGCAAUUGCUGCACCUAAUCAGCUUUUCCAAGAGGCCCAGAGAGUGCCAACUGUAAAGAACGGCUUUAAACAGGGGAUGAAACUGGAAGGCAUCGACCCGCAGCAUCCGUCCAUGUACUUUGUCCUCACAGUGGCGGAGGUCUGUGGUUACCGGCUGCGGCUCCAUUUCGACGGCUACUCUGACUGUCAUGACUUCUGGGUGAAUGCAAACUCCCCUGACAUCCACCCUGCAGGCUGGUGUGAAAGCACGGGACAUAAACUGCACACUCCCAAAGGUUGUAAAGAGGAGGAGUUCACCUACAACUACCUGAAAAUGACUAAAGCACAAGUGGCGCCCAAAGAACUCUUUUCCAGUCCUGGGAGGAUCGACAUGGAGUGCGGUUUCGAGAUAGGAAUGAAGCUAGAAGCUGUAGACCGCAUGAACCCUUCCCUCAUCUGUGUAGCAACCGUGACUGAUGUGGUCGACGACCGUUUCCUGGUUCAUUUCGACAACUGGGAUGACACAUAUGACUACUGGUGUGAUUCCAGCAGUCCAUUUAUUCACCCUAUUGGUUGGUGCCAAGAAAGGAACCUCCCACUAACGCCACCGCAAGAUUAUCCAGACCAGAGCCAGUUUUCCUGGUCUCGCUACAUGGAAGAGACAGGUUCCAAGGCAGUGGCAGCUGAAGCCUUCAAAGUGCGGGCAGCCCACAGCUUCCAUCCUCAGAUGAAACUGGAGGCCGUGGACAAGAGGAGUCCUGGUCUGAUCAGAGUGGCUACAGUGGAGGAGGUCGACACUCAUCGCGUUAAGGUGCAUUAUGAUGGCUGGAGCCAUGUCUAUGAUGAAUGGAUGGACUCUGAUCACCCUGACAUUCACCCAGCCGGCUGGUGUGAGGCAACUGGUCACCCAUUGAAGGUUCCCCCGCGUGAAACCAAAAUACAACAACCACACGUGGUGAGGGAGCCUCCUGCUACAGGCCAGUCCACCUACCCCUCCUCUGUUCCUUGUAAGCCAAUCAGCCACCCCAAAACCAACAAGUACAGCUUCCACAACAGGAAGUGUCCGACCCCUGGGUGCGAUGGGUCAGGCCAUGUGACCGGCCGUUUCACAGCUCAUCAUUGUAUAUCUGGCUGCCCCUUGGCUGAGCGCAACCAGGGUAGGCUGAAGGCUGAACUGUCUGACUCAGAGUGCAAGAGGAACCUCUUCUUUGGACAACGGACCAAGAAAACCCACUACCGUGGCAGGAUUGGCCGUCCUCCCAAAUACAGGAAGAACCAACAGAGAGACUACCAGAAUCUGUCCUCAGAGGGUAUGUAUCCCUCACUCUUCAUGUCAGCUUUAAGCGGCCAGUCAGACAGGACUCUCUCACUUUGCUGGGAGCAGCACUGUAAGCUGCUUCCAGGUGUACAGGGCAUUCAUGCCAGCCAGGUGGCAGGAUGGGACAUUGAAGAGGUAUUCAGGUUUGUCCAGAAUCUAAUUGGCUGUGAAGAACAGGCUCGUCUCUUCAAAGAAGAGAUGAUCGACGGGGAGGCCUUCUUGCUGCUGACCCAGACCGACAUUGUGAAGAUCAUGAGCAUCAAACUAGGCCCUGCCCUAAAGAUCUCCAACGCCAUCCUCAUGUUCAAGAGCAUAGAUGAGGGACUCAAGUGAUCCCACCCUUCAACACUGAGGCCAUUGAGCAGCCAGUCAUCAUGUGCCAAAUUCAUACUGUUGCAGGAAAACGGCCCUGACUCCUUUUUUCAUGUGUUUGAUGUCCUUUACCCAUCAGA